GCUGGAUAGUCAGUUGUGUAGCUGGGAUGGCCGAACUGACAACAUCCCUACAAACGUGGGGGUGUAAAACUCCCAAAUUUACAACAAAUUUUAUUACAGUGCGGUAAAAUUUUUAUAACAAUAGCUAGGCGCCUGAUUUAUUUUCGAUCUGAACAUAUAAAAAUUGUAAAUGCAUAAUUGGUUAUUUCAAAUUUUAAAAUUUAUCAUUACCUGUCUGAUCCUUUUAGCUGUGAAUUAGACUUCACUUUAAAGGGUUUUUUAAACAUUAUCGCAAAUUUCGAAUCACUGGUGUUCCAGGCAGAAGGAGCAGCAUGGGUUUGGGCAGCAAACGCAAGAGCGCCUGGCGUCAUCGGUGCUGUCACAAACUUUACGUUGCUCUUAUCACAGUUCCUGUUGUCGUGGCUAUCUGUUUGUCUGUCAUUGUCAUCGUAAGAUCAUACAUAAUGAUCCCAGAUACUGGUACUCCCAUUCUUCAAUUUGCUCAUACAAAUGAUUUUAUUGACGAAUCAAAAAUGUUGGAAAGAGCUGAAAGGCUGGCUGGUGCAUUGAGGAUCCCUACAGUGUCAUACGAACCAGAUGUGCAGGAGAAACAAGCUAUUCUGAAACUGCAUAAGUAUCUUGAGAAAAAUUUCCCCAUGGUCCACUCCUCGAAAUUUAUUAAAAAAGAAGUUAUAAAUGAUUACAGUCUUUUAUACACAAUAGAAGGCUCGAAUCCUGGAAAAUUACCUUAUUUGCUGGCAUCUCACUUAGAUGUUGUCCCUGCAGACCCCAAGACAUGGGAGGUACCUCCUUUUAGUGGCAACAUCAUCAACAAAACAUACAUUUAUGGCCGUGGAGCUAUUGAUGACAAAUCUGGAGUAUUGGGUAUUCUUGAAGCUUUGGAAUACAUAUUAGAGAAAGGCGAACAGCCCAUGAGGAACUUUUUCAUCGCUUUUGGUCAUGAUGAAGAGAUAUCAGGACGCAGAGGAGCACAAGAACUUGCGAAGACUCUGGCAAGCAGAGGAAUUAAACGUCUUGAUUUUGUUUUGGAUGAAGGAUUUCCAGUCAUAGAAUACUCAGCUCUUACAGCCGAUAAAAAAAUUGCCAUGAUUGGAGUUACUGAAAAGGGUUCUCUAACCCUGGAAUUAAGUGUAGCAGGCAGUCCUGGCCAUUCUAGUCUUCCCCCUUCGGAGAGCCCCAUCGGAAUCUUGGCUUCUGCUGUGGCAAAACUGGAAGAUCACCAACAGCCUAUUAUGUUUGGCAAAGGACCUGAGUAUGCCACGUUCCAGUAUUUGGCCCCUUUUGUUUCCUUUUGGUAUCGGUUAAUGUACAGUAAUCUUUGGUUGUUCUCUGGCCUCAUUGCUAAUGAGAUGGAUCAAAGUCGGGCAAUGAGACCGUUUGUCCGAACUACUACAGCAGUCACUAAAUUCAACAGCGGUAUUAAGGAUAAUGUGAUACCCCCUUUGGCAACAGCUACAGUGAACCAUAGGAUACACCCAGCACAAACAGUCAGCCAGGUGGUUCAACACGACAGAGAGAUAAUAUCAGAUCCGAGGGUGAGGAUACGCAUCAAAGUGGCUCGAGAGGCACAUCCCGUAUCCACUUUCGGCCCCUCUAGCCUUCCCUUCCAGCUGCUAGCCCACACCAUCCGACAGAUCUAUAGAGACGUUGUUGUUGUCCCAGGGGUGUUCAUAGCCAACACGGACACAAGGUGGUAUCUCAACUUUACGAGUAGCCUCUACCGUUUCAUCCCGACUGUCAUCACGCCUGACGAUCUGACCCGUUACCACGGCAACAACGAACGUGUCUCCAUCUCACAUUACCACCAGGCUGUCAACUUCUACUACCGAGUGAUGAGGAACGCAGACCUCGCUAUACAGCAGGCUCCCUCCACCUCUCCCCCACAUUCCCAGGAGUUAUAACCUCCACCUUCCCCUCAUUCCCAGGAGCUAUAACCUCCACCUGCCCCCAUUCCCAGGAGUCAAAACCUCCACCUCUCGUCCCACUCCUAGGAGUUAUAAUCCUCCUAUCUUAUCCUAUUCCCAGGAGUUAUAACCUCUACCCCACUCCUAGGAGUUGUAAUCCCCUUUCUUCUCCUAAUCCUAGGAGUUAUAACCUCUACCCCACUCCUAGGAGUUGUAAUCUCCCUCGUACUCCCAGGAGUUAUAAUUCCCCCCACACACAUACACCAGUAGUCAUCCCUAAUAUCACUCUUUACAAAUCAGCUUUACAAAACUGAAGUUAAGUUUGUUUGUAUGUUUGCUUCUUGUAAAUGAUUUCAAUAUUUUAUCCAAAUGUUUUAGUGUAUAAUUUUGUGUUUUAAAAUACAGACCUUGGGUUACCAUUUUUAAAUGCUGUGAAAUGUUAUACAAUGUUAUAAAUAUUUAUGUUGUCUCUUUUGUAACGAGACAGGGUAUUUUGUUUAUGAAUGGUUGACAUUUUGGAUUAGAUUGGAAAGAGCCAAUUUGGUAAACACAUAGGACAACGACAGUAACGGAUAUAUAAUAAUAAUAUAAGUAUGUUUAAUGUAAGAGUAAGUAGUAAGGAUACAUAAUAUAUACUCAUACAUGAUUUAAAUUACUGAUGAGCUGACAUUGAAAUUAAAUGUUUUUAAUACAAUACAAUAUAUUUAUUGUCGUUGACAUCUACAUAUGUUCUAAUAAGGACUAGAAGCGUAGGCAUCAAUAAACAAUAAUAUUGAGACAAUUAAGAUAGAUAUGAGAAAUUGGUAGUGCUAAAGUAAAUGGAUUUAUUCUGGAGGCAUUGUAAAAAUAAACUUAAAUUAUAUACCAAUAAAAAAUACCAAUUUUUAA